AUGGGCAGCACCUCGCUGUCGGAGGACUAUCGCCUGUGCCUGGAGCGUGAGCUGCGGCGUGGGCGUGCGGGCGUGUGCGGAGACCCGACAUUGCGUGCCGUGCUCUGGCAGAUCCUGGUGGAGGACUUCGACCUGCACGGGGCGCUCCAAGACGACGCUCUGGCGCUGCUUACAGAUGGCCUGUGGGGCCGAGCCGACCUGGCGCCCGCGCUGCGUGGCCUGGCCCGCGCCUUCGAGCUGCUCGAGCUGGCCGCUGUGCACCUGUACCUGCUCCCCUGGAGGAAGGAGUUUACCACCAUCAAGACCUUCUCCGGGGGCUAUGUGCAUGUGCUGAAGGGCGCGCUCUCUGAGGACCUCCUCACCAGGAGCUUCCAAAGGAUGGGCUAUGCACGCAGGGACAACCACAGCCUCACGGUGACCGCGCCAGCCCCUGCCUGCCAGUUAGUACAGGUGGCCCUGGGCUGCUUUGCACUGCGCUUGGAGUGCGAAAUCAUGGACGAGGUGCUGGCCCAGCUGGGCACCAGCCUGUUGCCAGCUGAGGUGCUGUUGGCAGCCAGGCGGGCCAGUGGGGACGUGGCCUCCUGUGUGGCCUGGCUGCAGCAGCGGCUAGCCCAGUCUGAGAAGCUGCCGCCGCCCCUACCCCCUCGAGGCUCUGCGGCAGCCUUUGGGUGCCCACUGAACCUGUACCAGGACCCUACAGAGGACGAGGGCUCAGAGGAGGAGGCCAGUCUGUAUGGGGACCGCUUAGCAGCUGCCACCUCACCCCCCACACAGCCGGCCUAUGAGGCACCACUCUGGGAGCAGAGCGCCCAAGUGUGGGGUGUAGGGGGCCCAGCCUGGGAGGCUUCUGCCAACAACCCACCCUACGGCGCCCCAGAGGAGGAGCCUGAACAGGGCCCCUUUUCCUUCCUUUCCCUGCGCCCUGAGGGCUUUCCAGCACACAACUGCCAGCAGCCCAGCAUGCUAUCACCACAACUUGGUGCGUCAUUUCGGCGUGCUUGGCUGCCACGAUCUUGA